GGGCACCGGCUGAGCUAGCAGGCACCCGCGGCGGAGGUGGCCAGGCCGCCCCCGGGGUGGGGGGGGGGCGAGCACGAAGGCGGGGGCUCUGGCCCGCCGCGCCCCCCAUGCCGCGGUGAGCACUCCCGCUCGGCGCGCUUGUCGCGGCGCCGCGCCAGCCCCCAGCUAGCCGGCUCUCCCCGCCCCGCCAGCCCGGGCCCUACCUGCGGCCGCCGUCGGGGGAGGGGGGUCCCCCCAGCUCUGCGGAGCCGCAUGAACAAUAGGCGGCGGCGGCUCCUGCGGGCGGCGGCAGCCCCGCACCCUAUGGAUCGGCCGCUCCAUGGAGCCCUCCAGAGCGCUUCUCGGCUGCCUGACGAGCGCCGCCGCUGCCGCCCCGCCGGGGGAGGACGGAGCGGGGGCCGGGGCCGAGGAGGAGGAGGACGAGGAGGAGGAGGCGGCGGCGGCCCCGGGGGAGCUGGGUCCCGAGGCACCGCUGCCCUACUGGACGGCGGUGUUCGAGUACGAGGCGGCGGGCGAGGACGAGCUGACCCUGCGGCUGGGCGACGUGGUGGAGGUGCUGUCCAAGGAUUCGCAGGUGUCCGGCGACGAGGGCUGGUGGACCGGGCAGCUGAACCAGCGGGUGGGCAUCUUCCCCAGCAACUACGUGACCCCGCGCAGCGCCUUCUCCAGCCGCUGCCAGCACGGCGGCGAGGACCCCAGCUGCUACCCGCCCAUCCAGUUGUUAGAGAUUGAUUUUGCGGAGCUAACCCUGGAAGAGAUUAUUGGCAGGGGCUUUGGGAAGGUCUAUCGUGCUUUCUGGAUAGGGGAUGAGGUUGCCGUGAAAGCAGCUCGCCAUGACCCCGAUGAGGACAUCAGCCAGACUAUAGAGAAUGUUCGCCAGGAGGCCAAGCUCUUCGCCAUGCUGAAGCACCCCAACAUCAUUGCCCUUAGGGGGGUGUGUCUGAAGGAACCCAACCUCUGCUUGGUCAUGGAGUUUGCACGUGGAGGGCCUUUGAAUAGAGUGUUAUCUGGGAAAAGGAUUCCCCCAGACAUCCUUGUGAACUGGGCUGUGCAGAUUGCCAGAGGGAUGAACUACUUUGAUGAGGCAAUUGUCCCCAUCAUCCACCGCGACCUUAAGUCCAGUAACAUAUUGAUCCUCCAGAAGGUGGAGAACGGAGACCUGAGCAACAAGAUUCUGAAGAUCACUGAUUUUGGCCUGGCUCGAGAAUGGCAUCGAACCACAAAGAUGAGCGCAGCAGGAACAUAUGCUUGGAUGGCACCCGAAGUCAUUCGUGCCUCCAUGUUUUCCAAAGGCAGUGACGUGUGGAGCUAUGGGGUGCUGCUUUGGGAGCUCCUGACUGGUGAGGUGCCCUUCCGAGGAAUCGAUGGCCUAGCCGUGGCUUAUGGAGUGGCCAUGAACAAGCUCGCCCUUCCCAUUCCUUCUACGUGCCCAGAACCUUUUGCCAAACUCAUGGAAGACUGCUGGAAUCCUGACCCUCAUUCACGACCAUCUUUCACAAAUAUCCUGGACCAGCUAACUACCAUAGAGGAGUCUGGCUUCUUUGAGAUGCCCAAGGACUCCUUCCACUGCCUGCAGGAUGACUGGAAACAUGAGAUUCAGGAGAUGUUUGACCAACUCAGGGCCAAAGAAAAGGAGCUCCGCACCUGGGAGGAGGAGCUGACGCGGGCCGCGCUCCAGCAGAAGACCCAGGAGGAGCUGCUGCGGCGCCGCGAGCAGGAACUGGCCGAGCGGGAGAUCGACAUCCUGGAGCGGGAGCUCAACAUCAUCAUCCACCAGCUGUGCCAGGAGAAGCCCCGGGUGAAGAAACGCAAGGGCAAGUUUAGGAAGAGCCGGCUGAAGCUCAAGGAUGGGAACCGCAUCAGCCUCCCUUCUGAUUUCCAGCACAAGUUCACGGUUCAGGCCUCCCCCACCAUGGAUAAAAGGAAGAGUCUCAUCAACAGCCGCUCCAGUCCUCCUGCGAGCCCCACCAUCAUUCCUCGCCUUCGAGCCAUCCAGUUGACACCAGGUGAAAACAGCAAAACCUGGGGCCGGGGCUCAGUCAUCCCGAAAGAGGAAGGGGAGGAGGAGGAGAAGAGGGCCCCGAAGAAGAAAGGACGGACGUGGGGGCCAAGUACGCUUGGUCAGAAGGAGCUCGCCUCAGGAGAUGAAGGAUCCCCUCAGAGACGUGAGAAAGCUAAUGGUUUAAGUACCCCAUCAGAAUCUCCACAUUUCCACCUGGGCCUCAAGUCCCUGGUAGAUGGAUACAAACAGUGGUCGUCCAGUGCCCCCAAUCUGGGGAAGGGCCCGAGGAGUAGCCCAGCCCUGCCAGGGUUCACCAGCCUUACGGAGAUGGAGGAUGAGGACAGCGAAGGCCCAAGGAGUGGGGAGAGUCGUCUGCAGCAUUCACCCAACCAGUCCUACCUCUGUAUCCCAUUCCCUCGUGGAGAGGAUGGAGAGGGCCCCUGCAGUGAUGGAGUCCACGAGGAGCCCACCCCCGUCAACUCAGCCACCAGUACCCCUCAGCUGACGCCCACCAACAGCCUCAAGCGGGGUGGCGGCCACCACCGCCGUUGUGAGGUGGCUCUGCUCGGCUGUGGGGCCGUUCUCGCGGCCACCGGCCUGGGGUUCGACCUGCUGGAAGCUGGCAAGUACCAGCUGCUUCCCCCGGAGGAGCCUGAGCCCCCAGCCCGGGAGGAGAAGAAGAGGCGUGAGGGUCUUUUCCAGAGGGCCAGCCGUCCUCGUCGGAGCACCAGCCCCCCAUCCCGGAAGCUCUUCAAGAAGGAGGAGCCCAUGCUGUUGCUGGGAGACCCCUCUGCCUCCCUAACGCUGCUUUCUCUAUCCUCCAUCUCCGAGUGCAACUCCACCCGCUCCCUGCUGCGUUCUGACAGCGAUGAGAUCGUGGUGUACGAGAUGCCCGUCAGUCCGGUCAAGGCCCCGCCCCUGAGCCCUUGCACCCACAACCCCCUGGUCAACGUCCGAGUGGAGCGCUUCAAACGAGACCCUAACCAAUCCCUGACUCCUACCCACGUCACCCUCACGGCCCCCACACAGCCCAGUGGCCACCGGCGGACUCCUUCUGAUGGGGCCCUCAAGCCAGUGGCUCUCCUAGCCAGCAGGAGCCCCUCCAGCAAUGGGCUGAGCCCCAGCCCCGGAGCAGGAAUGUUGAAAACCCCCAGCCCCAGCCGAGACCCAGGUGAAUUCCCCCGUCUCCCUGACCCCAAUGUGGUCUUUCCCCCAACCCCAAGGCGCUGGAACACACAGCAGGACUCCACCCUGGAGAGACCCAAGACCCUGGAGUUUUUGCCUCGGCCACGUCCUUCUGCCAACCGGCAACGGCUGGACCCUUGGUGGUUCGUGUCCCCCAGCCACGCCCGCAGCGCCUCCCCAGCCAACAGCUCCAGCACGGAGACGCCCAGCAACCUGGACUCCUGCCUUGCUAGCAGCAGCAGCACUGUGGAGGAGCGGCCUGGACUUCCCGCCUUGCUCCCGUUCCAGGCGGGGCCGCUGCCCCCCGCCGAGCGGACGCUUCUGGACCUGGACGCGGAGGGCCAGAGUCAGGACAGCACUGUGCCACUGUGCAGAGCUGAACUGAACACACACAGGCCUGCCCCUUAUGAGAUUCAGCAAGAGUUCUGGUCUUAGCAUGAAAAGGGUUGGGGGGCAGCCAAGGGGGAAGCAGGAGGAGAUUGGGGGAGCUGGCUGGCACAGCCCUUUCUCAGAGUUGGACCCCCUGAAAUCCAGCCCUACUUCUUGCACUGAUAAUGCACUUUGAAGAUGGAAGGGUGGAAGCGGGGCCACUUGAGAGGGUCCCCUGCCCUGCAGGGCCUUUCUGCCCACGUCCACCAGAAGGGGCUGUGGCCAUCAGCUCUGGCUGUGUAGGGGAGGGAGGGGUGCGUGCAUGUCCCCCAGCCUCCACACUCUUCCUCGCCUUUAGGGUGACCCCACAGGGUCGCUCAGCCUAAUCUGUCUGCUGCCCCCUCUCCUCGGCCCCCUGGGUGAGCCCAGAGCCUGUCCUGGAGUCCUUUUGUUAGCCCUGCCGUCCGCCUUCCCAAACACCAGUAUUGGAGGUUCUCUGAGUGAUUUUCUUCCUCUUCUACAUUCUUCCCCAACACCCAUGAGUCAGAAUCUCAGUUGAAGUGAGAUAGGAGUUUUUCCGGGUCCUCAGCCCUCAUGUGCCAGCUGGGGGACCGAAGGCGUGGGCGCAGGAGUGGACGGACCUGGCGGUGACCUGCCUGCGCUUCCAGGUGCCCCCUGAUUUAGUUGAGCCUCGCAGGGGUGAAGGGACCUGCCUCAGUGAGAACUGUGAGGGAAGGAGAAGGAGUCAGGAAACCCAGAGUCGAGUGGCAGCCAAGAGGGUCACAGAGUCUGUCCUUGUUCCUUUUGGAAACAUGCAAAUAAGGGCAGAAACCAGCACCUGUUGAUGGCAUCCAGCUCCCACCUGGGGUCUGGACAUGGCCAGACCCGUGUCUGCCACAAACAUGCUCAUCCCAGGGAUCGUUUCUUGGGAGGCACACUCCCCAGUGCCAGUCCUGGAACCAGAGACAAAGUUCCUGUGCUGGUCCAUUUUGUUGUCUGAUAUUUGUGUGUCACGCCCUUCCCUUGAUCUUUCCUCCCAUCCCUGGGAUCAGUGGGCUUUGGGUUAUGAGUUUGGUUGGUAGAAACUUUGCACUGCUCCAGAAGAGCAUAUCGGUGGGGGGCGGGCUGGGGGCUCCUGGGCACUGGGAGCUGGAACUGAGAGGAUUUCUUCUCAGUCAGGCCAUCCAUUCUGGGAUGCCCUUGAAGGAAAACGGAGCCUUAGUGGUACCUUCCGCAAACGGAUACGGUGAGGCCAUGAUGUUUGUAAGGUGCUUAGUGAGCCCCCAAUGUGACGCAAGCCCCAGGCUCUGCAGACUGACCACGGCCUCUUGUCUCUAUGCACAGGUGGCCCCUGAUGCUGGGCUCUGGAUCCUGAACUGGGUCAGAAGGAGAGCAGAGGCCAACCCCGACUUUUCUGGAAUUUGCUUCCUUAACUUGAAUGUUGAGUUGUUUCUGGAGCUUUCUCCUGUGUACCUUCACUUUUCCACUUACCCUGAGGCCUCCUGUAUUGAGUGUGAACAGUUUUCUUUGUGCGGGACACACUCAUAAGCCGGAUGGGGAGCACAGCCUUUGGUCAUGCUCCUCUCCCCUCCAGACUCUCCAAAUGUUGCUUCACUGUUCUCUAUCAUGGAAUAGUUCCCUGGAGAUGUUGCAGGACAGCCUGCAGCCUCCCUGCCUUUGCUGCCUGGGGGCCAGAAUGUGGGCAGCGACAUAGCUGGCUCAGGUGAUGCGUUUGGUUACUGCUCUGUCUCUCUCUCUAACUGAUAAAGUCCCAACCUGGGAAUGAAAAAAGGGGUGACCUUGGUUUUCAAAUGGCUCCUAAAACAAGGUGCAAGGGUGCCACCUCAUCUUGGGUGGGAGGCACUCUCAGUGUGUUGCCUUCUGGGGCUUUGCUGUUGUGGCUCAUCUCUCCUUUGCUUUGUGCAGGGAAGGCCGUAAGAGAGGAGUUUUGCCCCCAUCCCCUCACUCCUUGGCCAGAAGGGAAAUGUGAAUCUUAGCCGCAGUUCCAGCCAACCAGUGACUCCCCUUCAUUCUUUUUUUUUUUUUUUUAAAGAUUUUAUUUAUUUAUUUGACACAGAGAGAGAGAGAGGGAGAGAGCACAAGCAGGAGGAGCGGCAGGCAGAGGGAGAA